AUGUCGGUACGAUCUGAACGUGAAAAAUCGAAAAUGCAAGAAAAAUAUCAAGUGAUACUUUCACAAAUGCUUAAAGAAGAUGAUAAUCGUUUUUGCGUCGAUUGUGAUACAAAAAGUCCUAGAUGGGCUAGUUGGAAUCUUGGUAUUUUUAUUUGUAUUCGUUGUGCUGGUUUUCAUCGAAAUUUAGGUGUACACAUAUCAAAAGUUAAAUCAGUUAAUUUAGAUUCAUGGACAGCCGAACAAAUUGCUUCAAUGCAAGUUAUGGGUAAUAAUCGUGCACGUGCUGUAUAUGAAGCUAACUUACCGACUGGAUUUCGACGUCCACAAACUGAUUCUUCUUUGGAAUCAUUUAUUCGUGCAAAAUAUGAACAACGUAGAUGGCUUGCUAAAGAAUGGAUUCCACCUGAAAUAACGGUGCCUAUUGAUCUUAUUGAAUCAGAAACAAAUCAACGACGAAUUGAAACAACAUCUGAAGUAGAACAAGUAGAGAAAAAUGGUAAUAACAACAUUCCAAAAUUAAAACCAAUCGCAGCACCAAUGACGCCUACGAAUCCUGUUCGACAGACUGGUAAUGGGCGUUCAACACCAACUAUACAAUUACCAACGACGACGACGACGACGAUAACCUCUUCACCGUCGACAACAUCUGUUUCAGCUCCAAUACAACCUGUUGUUGUAGAAAAUCCUCCGGAUUUAUUAGGCUUAGGUAAUCAUAUUUAUUAUAUUUCAUUCAAAGUUAAAUUCAUAUUGAUAUGUAUGUUUUUAGAUGAACCAUCAUUACCUUUACCAUCUGCUUCUUCAAAUAAUACGACUAAUCCUACAAAAGCUUCUUCAAUUGACAUAAUGGAUUCUUUGCAUGAUGUAUUUAUAACACCAUCGAUAAAUGUUAAUGAAAAUGAUCUAACGACAAAGGAUUUAGAUAAAGAUUUACAAAAGGUUUUCUUAUCUUCGAAUGACAAUACUAGUUCAACUAAUACAAGUAAUGUUAUGAGUAAUGAGAAAAUUUUGGCAUUAUUUAAUACACCUCAAACAUCAACAGUAAAUAGUACAGGAAUGAAUAUUCGUCCACCAACAAUGCAACUACCAAAUGUUAAUUCACCUCGUUUGACUCAUCCACAAGUUCAACAACAUCAUCUUCAUGCUCAUCACAAAUCAGCAUCAUUUGGAAGUAAUCUUUACCAACAAGCAUCUAACUUUGGAGCUCAUCCUGCAUUUCAAUCAUCGCAAGGUCAUCUAUUUUCACCAAGACCGGGAAUGAAUACAAUGCAUCAUAAUAAUCCUAAUAAUAUGAGCACACCUACUCUUCAAAGUCCAACAACAACUUUUACACCUAAUCAAUUAAAUAAUGAAUUUUCUCAGUUUGUACCAUUUGCUAAUUCUAUAGGUAAUACAUCGGCAUCAACAUUAAUAUCUGCUAUGCCAACUCGUCCAGUUACAGAUUACAUGCCAGCAUCAUCAGAUUUUCUUUGGCAAUAA